UUCUCGCCUUGAGGGAGACAAACUUCAGAGUCUCGCCGGACUGAGUGAAACUCGGCGCGGCGGGUUUUUCAAUGAGCAGAGACGGCUUUACUCGAGGGACUCAGCCGCACAGCCGCUACGGGAGAUGACUCAGGCGAAUGCUUCCGGAGCUGCUAAGAAAAUGGCCUCCCAGUGGACCCGCGUAAACAGCGCUGAGAAAAAGGUGGCACACACUCGCAUAGAGGAUGAGGCCGACAUUCAGCAAAUCUACUCCUUUGGGAGGAAAUUAGGUCAAGGUAGCUUUGGGGUCGUCUUUGAAGCCACUCAUUUUGAGACGCAGAAGAAGUGGGCUAUUAAGAAGGUGAACAAAGAGAAGGCUGGAAGGUCUGGGGUGAAGCUGCUGGAAAGGGAAGUGAGCAUCCUAAAGCGAGUCAACCAUGCACACAUUAUCCAUCUGGAGGAGGUCUUUGAGACACCACAGAAAAUGUACCUGGUGAUAGAGCUGUGUGAGGGUGGAGAGCUGAAGAGGCUCUUGCAGAAGAGCAAGCGCUUCAGUGAGGAGGAGACCAGACACAUCAUCAGCAGCUUAGCUGAGGCCAUCGUCUACCUUCACAAAAAAGACAUUGUUCACAGGGACCUCAAGCUGGAAAACAUUCUUGUAAAGAGUUAUCACCACAGCGACGACAACGGCGCAGUCAAUAUCAAGGUCACAGAUUUCGGACUGUCUGUUCAGAAGGGUGGAGUUGGCAGUGAGAACAUGCUGCAGGCCACAUGUGGAACACCCAUCUACAUGGCACCUGAAGUGAUCAAUGGCCACGAAUACAGCCAGCAGUGUGACGUGUGGAGCAUCGGUGUCAUCAUGUACAUGCUGCUGUGUGGAGAGCCGCCCUUCAUGUCCAGCUCCGAGGAACAUCUUUUUGAAUUGAUCAAGAAGGGAGUGCUCAACUUCUUGGGUCCUGUGUGGGAUACCAUCAGCGAUGCAGCAAAAAAGGUGCUGCGCUGUUUGCUGAAAGUUGACCCGGCACAUCGCAUCACAGCUAGUGAGCUGCUGGAUAACCCCUGGGUCACAGGAGACAACUCCACGAAUGCGUCCCCCACUAACGUGCUGGAGAUGAUGCGGCAGUUCCGGGAUGCGCCAGAGGAUGGCGAGAGCGACGAGCCGAGUACGGGCCUUAGCAGCCUCUCCCUCAGCCGUUCCCAGGACAGCCUGGCCGAGCCUGCGGCUUCCCCAGAACCUCCUACUGCUCCUGCUCUUGUUCCCGCUUCCGUUCCAGCGCUCAGCCUUGAAGUCGACACAGACAGCAACAGCAGCAAACCUUCCACGCCCACUAAACAGCGUCAGAAGAAGAAAAAUUCCUCUUCUUCUUCCAAUGGUACAAAGAAGAACGGACCUCCUGUAAAGAUGUGCAACACUCUCAGCUCGUCCAGUGCACAGUCCCACACAGGUAACAAACCCUCCGCUCAGCCGAGUGCAAAGCGCCACGCCCCACCGAACAAGAUGGAGAGUCUCAGCAGCGGCGGCAGGGCUUCCUCUCCCAAACCAGCAGGACCAACUGCAGCGGCGUGCCCAAGCAAGUGCGAGAGCUCAUCACUACACAUCCCCAGCCCCGGCCCCACAGACCACCGCCCCCAUAAACCAGGCCCCAGCCAGAGGGCCAAGAAGAACAGCUAG